AUGGAAAAAGAAGUAAAAGAAUUUGAAUCAUAUGAUGAUGCUUUGGUGUUUGUUAAACAACAUCACGUUAAACAGUUAGUUGAUGGCUCAAAAAUCACAAGGAAAUUAGAUUUUACUAUAUUACCAAUGUUAUGUGGGAUAUAUCUUUUACAAUAUUUAGAUAAAUUAUUAUUAAAUUAUGCAGCUGCUAUGGGUAUCAAAAAAAAUUUAGUUGGUAAUGAAUUUGCUAAUUUAUCAACUAUAUUCUAUGCUGCAUAUAUUUUUGGAGUUCCAAUUGUAUCUUAUUUUUUGCAGAAAUUACCCUUGGGUAAAACUUUAGGUGUAUUUAUUAUAUGUUGGGGUAUUGUUGUUUCUUGUCAUGCAGCUUCUCAAAAUUAUGCUUCGUUAAUGAUUGUGAGAACUUUGUUGGGAAUAUUUGAAUCUUCAAGUGCUGUUGGAUUAAUUAUUAUUAGCGGGAUGUACUACACCAAAAGACAACAAGUUGCAAGAAUGGUAUUUGGUCAACAAUGGCUGGAGUUGGAUCAAUUAUAG